AUGGGUCAAUCAAAUUCGUAUAAUUAUGAUGCAGAGGAAGACGUCACAGAAGUUUCCCCAUCUCAAGCUCGACGAUUAGAUGCUAACACUUACAGAAAGCCCACUCUUGAUUAUGCGAAAAAAAAUGUAUUGACAGAAAACACUCAAAAUACAAAACCUUCCUGGGAGAAAGAAAUGGCUGCAUCUUUACCUGAAAUUUCUGGAUCAAACCAUUUUCAAUCGUCUCGAUUCUCUUCCGUGAAAUCUGGAGAUUUUCCUUCUCUUCCUCAACAGAAGCUUCCUCAACAAAAAAAGGUGACAACUUCAAUAAGGCAUGAAGAAUUUCCUGCUCUUCCUCAUACAUUGAAAACAACAGUCGUUGAAAAAAAGGAAAAUACAAACUCUUUCAAUAAACCGUUCACUAAAACUAUUCAAUCCAAGAAAAUGACUUCCUUGGCUUCAGGAACUGUGCUCCUAACAGAAUCGAAAAAAACAACGUCAUUCAUAUAUAGAGAACUCGAAUAUAUUCAAGGUCGCUAUAAAAAUAAACGAGAACAAAUAAUUUUUUACAUAAUUCAAAAUUUAUGCAUGUACAAUGAUUACAAAGUGUGUGGUUAUUGGGAAUGCUCUGAGUGUAGGGGAAGUCUAAAACCUUACAGUCAAGAAUCUCUUGAAAAUUUUUUAAAGAUGGCUCCAGGACAACUGUAUAAUUCCUUUGUAGAAUUUUGCAGGAGUGAUAAUUGCAAUCGAAAACAUUUUAUCACAAGUUUCCGUAUGUAUUCAUAUUUACAACCAAUAAACCUAAAUGAGAUUCCUAUUAAUGAAGUCAUCUUGCAUCUACAAUGGGAUAAAUAUUACCGGGUAUUUGGUGAAUGGGAAUGUACGAAUUGCAAAAAUUCUUGGAAAAGUGCUUAUACUUGGAUAUCACUACAAAAAUUUAUUCAACAAGAUCUCGAUUUGAAUUCUGAUGAUUAUUGUAUGCAAAAUUGUAAAAGGUGCAAGAGUGAUAAGAGCGUUAUAAAAUUAUACAAACCUUUAGAUAAAGGGGAAAGCAACAAACAUAAAAGGCAUUUGUGUGCAAAAUGUAUUAGUGGCGAUUAUUGUUGUGAAACUGGUGAUUAUUUGGGCAAAAAAUAUGAACAAUAA